UAUUUCCUAAAUGCCAUUGUGAUGACAAUUUUCUCAUAGGUAGCCCAAGACACAUUCUCUCAGGAUCAUGUAGUUUUAACUAAAUUUCAUGUAGUUUUAACCAAACUUUUCUUCAGGACUAAUGUCAUCAAGGCCUGAAAUUGGAAACAAGAGCAAAACACAGAACAAUGCAGAAAAUGAAGGGUUUGCUGAAAGCCAGGGCAAUGAAGUUAUCCCUACAGGUUUCCCCGUUGGUCCGUGGGAUGAUUCUGCAAUCAUAUCUGACAAUAUAUGACAGGUCUGAAGAGAUUUAGAGAUGAAGAUGUGAAACCAUUUUCUGGUUUAAAUGCACCUGAAAGUCAGAAUGAAAUUAGAGGCCAACAACCUUCUUCUUCUGCUUUGGCUCAUCAAUUGAGUUUGCCAAACACUUCUGCAGAAAUGACAGCCAUUGAGAAGUUUCUUCAACUCUCGGAUUUUGUUCCUAGCAAAAUUCGUGCCAAGCGGGGCUGUGCCACUCACCCUAGAAGCAUUGCAGAGAAGAGUGGUGGAGGAUUGGUCGAGUUUGCUGUUGCUAAGAAAAACAUUUUGAUCAAUGCUACAUUAGGUGGUGUAGGUCACUAUGCACUCCAUAGGCCUAUUGUAAAUUAA